UACAACAAAUGUUUUAAUUGUGGCCUUUUAGCCUGUUGACUGAGGUUUACAUUCCAGCAGUUCAUUUUUACUGAAUUCCCAGUGGUUUUGGAUUAUGAUCAUUAAUUUUCCAGGCUUUGUGUUAACAGCAUUUUGUACAUAACAAAAACAUUCUCCUACUGUGAACGCAGAAAGGAACUUCUAACCAGUUACUGAGCAAAUUAAUUGCAAGCUCAUGUGAUUCAAAGAUCUGAGUCUGAAACUGAAUCACUCAAUGUAGGAAACGGACUGCAGGUUGAAAGAAAUGCAGAGUCCUUGUGCGACAAAUGGGAGAACAGAGCAGUGCUGUGGAGAGCACAGACAGAGACUGGACCUCUUCUGUUAGGAAGAUGAAACCUUUAUCUGUGUCCUGUGUGUUCCCAAACAUUCCAGCCAUAAUUUUGUGUUUCUGCAUGAGGCAGUGUGUAUGAGGAAUGCACUUUGGAACAAUACAUUAAACAAGAAUUUACCAAACGGCAUCCAUUUCUGCAAGAAAAUGAACAAAAACUCACCCAACAGCUUAAAAAAGAUGCAAACAAUCUGAAUGAUACAGAAGGACAUCUCGAUUGCAUUAAACAUGAUAUUAUUGCUUCCCGGGUGUCAGUAUCCGAUGCUGCCUUGGAGCGCAAGCAUAAAGAAGUGGUGACUGUGAAAGUGAUGGAAGUGAAGUCUGAAUCCAUUGAAAGUGAUACUAUGGCCACUCUGGAAACAUUUAACAGUCACGUGAAGCUCAAACGUGAACCUAAGCGUUUGCUAACAGAACCUGAAACCUUUGAGGACAUUGUUGUCACUUUCACAGAAGAGGAGUGGAAGAUGUUAAAAAAACAUGAUAAGGAGCUUUUCAGGGAAGUGAUGGUAAAUAACUAUGAAACCAUGGUUUCAGUAGGGUACAAAAUACCCCCAGAGAAAUUAUUACUACUAUUAAAAGCAUAUGAAGAGCUGCCAGAAGGGGAUGUUGAUGGAAAAAAUACUGCUAAACAGAAGGAUAGUCUUGAAUGUAAUAUCCAUGGUACCAGAAACACAGACUGCAGUGUGAGUUGUAUCCAGCAGCCAUCAGUUGGGACAGCUCUGUUAACUCACCCAGAAGACAACCUGCAGCAGUGUGCUCAGCAUGUGAAAGUCCGUAAGAAGUCUCAUCUCACUGCUGUAUCACAGCCUGUAUCGGGACAUAACUGUGGCAAGAGUCCUGAAUAUGACCCAAGCCAGGGAGCUCAAACAGUGAAGAAACCAUAUACAUGUGCUGAAUGUGGUAAAUGUUUCCCCUAUCUCAGUAGCCUUCAAAGGCAUUUUGCUGUUCACACAGGAGAGAAACCAUAUAAAUGUACUGACUGUGAUAAGUGUUUUGCAGAGCGCAGUAGUCUUCGAUACCAUCGUGCCAUUCACACUGGUGAAAAAACAUAUCAAUGUGCUGAGUGCAAUAAAUGUUUUAUAAAUACGUCACACUUAAAACGCCAUCAGACCACUCACACAGGAGCCAAACCAUAUAAAUGUGCUGAAUGUAGUAAGUGUUUCACACAUCUUCGUAACCUUCAGCAGCAUCAGAUCCACCAUACGGGAGACAGCCCAUAUAAAUGUGUUGAAUGCAGUAAAUGCUUCACUCGACUCUCUAACCUUCAACAGCACCAAACCAUUCACACGGGAGAAAAGCCAUAUAAAUGUGCUGAAUGUGGUAAGUGUUUUCGACUAAAAGGGUGCUUAAAACUACAUCAAAAGUCUCACACAGGAAUUAAACCAUAUAAAUGUACUGAAUGCGGUAAGUGUUUUGCACAUCAAAGUAAUCUUCGAAAGCAUAGUACCAUUCACACAAGUGAGAAACCGUAUAAAUGUGUUGAAUGUGAAAAGUGUUUUCGAGUAAAGGGGAACCUAAAACUACAUCAGAAGUCUCACACGGGAAUGAAACCAUAUAAAUGUACUGAAUGCAAUAAAUGUUUUGCACAGCUCAGGAGUCUUCGAAGCCAUCAUGCCAUCCAUGUAGGAGAGGCCAUCAUGUCACCCACAUAGGAGGUUUGAAUGGAGAGAUGAUGAAAUCACCAAGAAAAGAAGAGCAGCAUUUUUGGAACUGAAUUCAUCCAUAAGUCUUGGUGAGUACCUUCCUGUGGUGUUGAUUAUCACAAGAUUUCACCAAGAAGACACUGAUACAUAGACUGUAUGUUAUAUGGCAUAUAUCAUGGAGAGAGGUAGGUUAAAAAUAAAAAAUUAGCUGAGUGCACAGGUCCUAGGAUAAAAAAGUGCCCAGCCUGGUUGCAGGACUAGAAAAAAAAUGGCAGUGUAAUAUCCUGAAUACAUGGCAACAGUCCUAAAAUGGGGUUAGGCCAGGCUCAGGGGGAGGAUGACCCUCCUGCUGUAGAAGGAAGUAAAAAAAAAAAAAAAACGGGCCAAAAAAGAGUUAUAAAGAUGUCAGUGGACUAUUGAGGAUAAGAAAGAACUUUUAUUGUUACUAUUGUUCAAAAAGCCCAGAAUUUCCAGAUAAAAGAUCUUCAGAAAGACCAAGAGAGAAAUUAGAGGAAAGAAAAGUACUUGCACAAAAAAACUGUCAAAAGCUUCAAAUGCAAAUUUGCAUUCAGUAAUACAGCAGACCCCUGCAAAACAUUACAUAGAUGAAGAAAAUGUGGACAGCCUGAAAAAGAUGCAAUAGGAGACGUAUAAAAAUAUAAAGAACAAAAUCCAGAGAUUUGUGACAUUUAUAAAAAGGAAAUAUGAACAUGUGAGGCAUCUGAAGAAAAAAUAUGAACAUGGGAAAGAAAAAUAUAUCUGAUAUGGUGCAAUAUUUAUGCAAAGGAGAAAGC